GGCAGCCGGCAGAAUUUUUCACACCCACACUAUUUGGCAACACUUUAUUUUACAUAACAAAGAAGAAGCAGCGCCGUCGCCUUUUAUUUCAUUUGCAUUAAGGUUAAAAUUGUAUUUAUAAUGGCUAACACCUCGAAGAACGACGCUUGCACAAUUUGCGAUAAGAUUGGCCUAAAACCAUUCACCAAGGAUAAUGUGUUUAAUUACUACUUACCUUUGCAUGGGCUGGUCAGCUAUGGUGCGCUCUCAGUAAACGUUAUGAAUCCAAACAUUGUGCCCAAGCUGCUCCCGAGAAAACAAGACCUUACAAAUGUAUUUCUGAUCAGCACAGUGGUCGGAACAUGGUUCUACAUCUAUGGAAGACCACAUUUAAGUGACGUUCAGAGCAACAAACGUGGCCUGUAUGCACUCCUUGGUUCUACGCUCUUUAGCAUGGGAUCUGUUCUCGCCUGGGCCCUGAUCAAGUCGGCGCUGCCGGAGAACAAUUCGCUGCUUGCCACUGUGGCGGGAUUGGCGAGUGGUGCGAUUAUUGUGAAAGUGAGCACAGAUUACAUUCAGGAGGUGGACAACAAGCUGAAGAAGAACUAAAACAAAAUGUCAUUUUGCAUUAGCCCGUAAAGUUAUUCGGGUGCCUUAAUCAUUUUGCAUGCCCUCGUAGUCUGCUUAAAUUAUAAUGUAAUCCAAUUAUCUUUUAAAUACAUACAUAUUUGAAUAAA